AUGGCAACUCACCAGAGGAUCCAAGUCCGGUCCAAAAAGGACGAAUCCUUAGUACUGGACUGUUCAUGGUCUAUCAUACGGUCACCACCUGUCGGGAGCACCUGGCAGUCCGUAGACAUUGUCUUCUGUCAUUUAGCUUCGUCUGGUCGCAAUAUACCACUGGAAACACUUGACCAUGUCUCUCUUCUAUCUAUUGAUAGUGCAAAUCCAUUUCAAGAAAUUCUCUCAGAAUCUCUUAGUUCAACAAAAGCAUUGCAAUUCAUCUUGCAAUGCCUUCUCACUGCAGCUUCUUCUGCUCAUGGCCACAGAUGUUUGGCCAAAUUGGUUAUCCCCCUACGUGAGGGAUAUAUUGUGCGCUCUGAUAUUAUUCCUUUGCGACUUCGGGAUUGUCCGCAUGUUGAAGCAGCUGUCUCCUUUGCGGAGCCACUUUGCACGUUCAAAGGGACGGCAGCACUGGCUGGAGAUAAAGGAAGCAAUUUGUUAGAGCUCUUCUCAGCCGCUGCUGCUGGACUUAUCCUGAAUCCAAGUCUCGACUAUGAUUACGAUAUGGGAGUGGAAGCAGUCUCAUCGGCGGUUGAAUCUGAACUGGAGAAUAGACUGUCGCUCCCAUGGAUACUGCCUGGAACCCCCAGCCGCAAAACGCUGGUGCUUGUUGACGCAAAUACUGAUCACCCUGACCGAGGCGGUACUGGAUCAGGCUUUUAUCUUGCAGCCAUAGAAACUGGAGUUAACGUUGUGGUUAUGGAUAACGCAGGCCACUGGCUUCAGGAGUCAGACUAUGCUCACUGGCGUGAAGCCUUCAUCCCCACUAGAUUGACCAACCCAGUUGAAGAGGACCUGGCUGAUCAUAUUACGAAGUCAUUGAAAGCAUAUGGGAAGCCGGUAGAUGGGAUAGUAACCUUUGCUGACACUUACUGGCCAUACAUUGCUAAAGUUGCACAGCAAUUUGGGCUACCGACUUGUCCACCUGAAGGAUUCAAAAUAGCCACAAACAAGUACCUGACAAGCAAAUUUGUCGGCCAUAAUGCUCAUCACGCAUGCAGCGCAGAUGAAGCAUUCGGUAUCGCCAGCAAGCAUGACCUUACAUAUCCGCUUAUUGUGAAGCCUUGCGAUGGAUGGAGCUCAGAAGGUGUUUCUCGCGUCGACUCACCAGAAGCCCUGGCUCUAGCAAUCAAGUCAAUUGAUGUGUCCCGACACGGAACCGAGUUCGUCAUAGAACCAUACUGUUCGGGCCCAGAAUUUGAUGCCAAUUUCAUCUUAUUGGAUGGUGAGGUCCUCUUCUCUGAAAUAUGUGAUGACCUGCCCAAGUCAGCGGAUAUAAACAGUUCUAGCGAACGCAUGAUUACCAACUUCCACGAGCUGAACACAGUAUACCCUUCGGCGUUGCCAUCCCAUGAGAAAAAUGAGAUUCGCCAGAAUUUCUUAAACGUAUUGCUUAAAUUAGGCUUAAGAACUGGCAUCAUGCACCUCGAGGGUCGAGUCGAGAAUUCAUCGGUCGAAUAUACCUCCCGGGACGGAGUUCUAGAACUGACACCCGUUAAUGAUAAACCCACCGCCCAACCGCCAAAACCCUGGCUGAUAGAGAUUAACCCACGCCCACCAGGCAUGACAGCAUCUCAGAUAACUGAGUCUACCUAUGGGGUUGAAUACUGGGGUGUUGCUGUGCUUAGUGCUGUGGGAGACAAGGCUCGUGUAAGGGCUUUAUCACAGCCAUUCAAACAUGGAUCCCAGUAUACCAGUGUCAUGGUCUUUAUCCCUGCCGAUUUUCCCUCCACUGCCGAGGGUAUUUUUGACUCAGACGACAUCUGCAAGGAUUUGAUAGUAAGAAGGCCGGAUCUGGCUAGAAAUAUAAGCAGGGGUUCAUGUUUUAUCAAACGAGGACAGAAGGUCCCGCAUCCAAGCUCUGGUCAGAACACGUUUAUGGCGUAUUUCAACGUUUUCUCAAGGUCAGGGAGAAAGGAGGCGCUUGAAAUUGCUAGGCAGGUUAGGGAGGAGGUCCGUUAUUCAUUUAUUUAA